AUGGACGAAGAAGACGACGACCUCUACGGCCCCUCUGAGCCUGCCACCGAGACCAAGAAAGCGACCAAGAAGGAACAGGACGCUUCCAGCGACGACGAGCCCAUGGACGAAGGCGCAGAUUCAGGCGACGACAACGACGACGAUGGCGACGACGACAGCGACUCGGACCUGGAGUUCAUCAUAGACAAGCCUGCGACUGCAGCCAAGCCCGCGGCUGCAUCACAACCACAAGAAUCAAAGGCCAUAAAGAUCGAGGCCCCGCCCCACUCCACGUCCACACCGCAGCCACCUUCCAACCAGCAGGCAAUACCCACACCGGGGCUCGCCCCCCAAGUCUCGCAGUUGUCAGGACUAGCCUACCCAGCGCUUCACACUUCCAACGUGGACGUCAACGCAAACCCAACCUACCCACCGCUGUCCAAGUCGCUCCUCCAUGUCGACCUCGACGCCGAUCUGGCCGAAGAGCACAAGCUCUGGCGGCGCCCGGGCGAAGAUUACUCGGACUAUUUCAACUACGGCUUCGACGAGUUCACCUGGGAGACGUACAGGCUGAAGCAGCAGCAGAUGAGCCAGACGAUACAACAGCAAAAGCACGAAAUGGCACAGAUGCAGCAGAUGAUGUCCGGAGGCAUGCCUGGAAUGCCUCCCAUGCCCGGUGCUGGUGCGCCGGUCGGUGCGCCUCAGGGUCCUGGUGGCAUGAACGGAAUGGGCGGUAUGCCGCCAGGUGGAAUGGACGAGGGCCAGAUGCAGAUGAUGAUGCAGCAAAUGGCCAGCUCGGGCAUGGAUCCAAGCCAGAUGGAUUUUGCGACUUUUAUGCAGAUGGCGGGCGGUGGCAUGGGCGGACCGGGAGGGCCGGGAGGGUUCGGAGGCGGGGGACAGCAGGGUGCUGGGUUUCAGCAAGGACACCAGGGCGGUGGUGGGAGAGGCGGCCGAGGAGGAAGAGGGAGAGGGUGGUAG